ACGUUACCUAGCAACCGUACAGACCGCGCUGUUAGGAUGGCAAGGCGGAAGGAUUGUGACGUAAGCAGCAAGUUGGUGAUCACCUCAGUGGCCCUUCAGGAUCACAUCAGAAGGAACCUUCUAGAACCCGAGUUCUUGCUUUCUGACCCCCUGCUGAAGUACAGAAGCAAAACACCUUUAAGGCAGAGAGGGAAGCAAAAGGAUGUGCAGAGACCAGAACUUCCAGAGGAGCGAGAAUAUGUACUUGGUCCUCCUCCACCUCCUCCAACGUUGGCUCAGAGGAUGGGCUUGGUGGCCCCGCCUGCGGGCAGGCUGAGCGAGGACCAGUGGACGCGGGUGAAGACCAGGUCACUCCAGCAGCGGGAGUCUGAGCAGCCUUGUUCAAUAUGCAGAGAGGCUUUCUGCCUUCAGCCUCAGGUGCUGCUGUCCUGCUCCCAUGUCUUCCACAAAGCAUGUCUGCAGGCCUUCGAGAGGUUCUCCGGGAGGAAGUGCUGCCCGAUGUGCAGGAGGGAGCAGUACGAAACGCGUGUGAUCCACGAUGCCGCACGCCUCUUUCGCAACCAGUGUGCCGCCAGAAUCCAGGCUUUCUGGCGAGGCUACAUUGCACGGAAGUGGUACAGGAAUAUUCGGAGAAACGUCUGCCCGAAAGACAAGCGCCUGCGCCGUAAAUUCUAUGAAGCAAAGCUGCAGGAGCUGAACGAGAGCUUUGUGCGACACCAUCAUACCGACGUGGAGGCUUUUCUUAGCGAUAUCGACCGCUCGCUGUCAUUGAGCCGGCGAGUGUUCCAGCAGCUGGAGAGAAAGUACGUCUCGGAGCCUCAGGAGGACGACUGGGAGCGCAUACGCAGUCAGGUGAGCCAGCGGGGCACAGGCGACUGUGCCAUCUGCCUGACAGGACUGUGCGGGCCCGACAUCAGCCUCCACCAAGGGAGACGCUCGGUGCUGCUUUCCUGCUCGCACAUUUUCCACCAGCGCUGCUUGGAUGCCUUUGAGGCCUUCGCCCUGGCUGGUAGAGCCACAUGUCCUCUCUGCAGGUCCACUUACUACAAAAGGCUCAUCUGAGGCAGGUAGACACACUUUAUGGACAUCUCACUGAUAACCACUUAUUGGGAUUGUGUUAGUCUUUACCAUGAAUUGAUUAACGUGGACCCCGACUUAAACAAGUUGAAAAACUUAUUCGGGUGUUACCAUUUAGUGGUCAAUUGUACGGAAUAUGUACUGUACUGUGCAAUCUACUUAUAAAAGUUUCAAUCAAUCAAUCAAAGCAGGGAUCGGCAACCCAAAAUGUUGAAAGAGCCAUAUUGGACCAAAAAUAACAAUAAAAAUAUGUCUGAAGCCGUAAAAACUGAAAAGCCUUAUAUAAGUGUUAUAAUGAAGGCAACACAUGAUGUAAGUGUAUAUUAGCAUUUUAGCCUACUAUCAAAAUGUGUCGCAGGCUGACGCAAAUCUGCAUUGACAGAAAUAUUGAAAUGUAAUUAGGGCUGGGUGAUAUGGCUUUUAUUAAAAUCUCAAUAUUUUUAGGCCAUAUCGCGAUACACGAUAUAUAUAUCUCCAUAUUUUGACUUAGCCUUGAAUGAACACUUGAUGCAUAUAAUCACAGCAGUAUGAUGAUUCUAUGUGUCUACAUUAAAACAUUCUUCUUCA